AUGACAGACACCUACAGUCAGACAGAGGAAACCCUUCGAGCGUGGUUGCGAAAUGUUGGGUUUGACCUCCAACAACCAGUCCGACCGUUUCACACACAACUCUACGCAGAGCUCGAAAACUGGAUCAUUUCUCAGGAUCUCCAAGAAGACGAACUAAAGCGCAUCUGGAUGCUCUUGUCAGCAUGUACCAGCGCCGCAGACAAAUGGUAUCCUCAUGCUAGUCACCAAUUGAAACGAUAUAUUGCGCUCUCCACCACCUUUCUUCUUUAUGUGGACGAUAAAGUGGAACAAGAGCCUGAAAAUAUCCUCACUGAUCUCCAAAGAGUUUUGUCUGGUGCCUACAAUGGGCUUCAUACGCUGAAAUGUGAUGAUUCUGUCGUCAAUUUGUGGUUGGAGCUCGUCGCUACCGAGACUGGAGCGUUUUAUGGACCAUAUUCAACUGGGGUCAUCACCAAAGGGCUAAUCGACUUCAUGCUGGGUAACACGAUUGAAUCAAAAGUUGCUGCAGGGUUGAAGCUCCCAGCAAAGUUUGGAAAAAGAGCAUCCAAAUUCGUGCGCGACAAAAUCGGGGCUGGGGAGGUCUACGCUCAUUUCAUAUUUGCGGAGCACCUCGUGGAAGAGAGUAGACAUUUGUCGACUUAUGUGCCUUUCAUUGCAUGUAUGUUGCAUAUCAUUGACGACGUCAAUGAUAUACUAUCCUUCUAUAAGGAGUCGGUGGUUGGAACCGAGGCGAACACAAACAUCAUGAACAGAGCUCGUACCUCAGGUUGCAGCCCUCAUGAUGCACUGAGGCAGAUUUGCGGGGAAGCAGCUGAGACUAUGGAUGUCGUCAGUGAUGGAUUGGCAGGAAAAAGGGUUACUGAAAAUCUUUGGAAGAAUUUUAUCAAUGGCUAUAUCAUGUGGCACAUUUGUGAGGAUCGAUAUCGACUGAAGGAGAUUGGCCUUGCAAUGACAGUCGGACAAGACCAAUAA